AUGGACCGGUGUUUCCACCACUGCAUUGACUGCGACAAGAGGUUCAGCAACCGCUCUGCGCUGAACCAGCACCAGCGCACGCACACCAGGGAGUGGCUGCACCACUGUUCUGACUGCGGCAAGGCCUUUGCAUGGAGUUCACAGCUGAGAAGACACCAGCGCACGCACACUGGGGAGUGGCCGCUUCGCUGUGCUGACUGCGGAAAGGGCUUUGCAGAGAGCUCAAAGCUGAGAAUACACCAGCACACGCACACAGGGGAGCGGCCACAUCGCUGUGCUGACUGCGGCAAGGCCUUUGCAGAGAGCUCAAAGCUGAGAACACACCAGUGCACGCACACAGGGGAGCGGCCACAUCGCUGUGCUGACUGCGGCAAGGACUUUGCAGAGAGCUCAAGCCUGAGAAUACACCAGCGCAUGCACUCUGGGGAGCGGCCGUACCGCUGUGCCCACUGUGCUAAGGGAUUCUACAGUGCCUCCACACUGACCCAGCACCAGCGCACGCACACCAGGGAGCGGCCGCAUCUCUGUGCUGACUGCGGCAAGGGCUUUGCAUGGCGUUCAGAGCUGAGAAGACACCAGCGCACGCACACUGGGGAGCAGCCGCAUCGCUGUGCUGACUGAGGCAAGACCUUUGCGCGGAGCUCACACCUGAGAACACACCAGCGCGCGCACACUGGGGAGCGGCCGCAUCGCUGUGCUGACUGUGACAAGGGCUUUGCAGAGAGCUCAAAGCUGAGAAUACAUCAGCGCACGCACACCGGGGAACGGCCGUACCAGUGUGCUGACUGCGACAAGGGCUUUGCACAGAGCUCAAGCCUGAGAGCACACCAGCGCGCACACACCAGGGAGCGGCCAUACCACUGUGCCGACUGUGACAAGGGCUUUGCAGAGAGCUCAAGCCUGAGGAAACACCAGCGCACACACACUGGGGAGUGGCCGCACCGUUGUGCCCACUGUGGUAAGGGAUUCCGCUGUGCCUCCACACUGACACUGCACCAGCGCACACACACCGGGGAGCAGCCGUACUGCUGUGCUGACUGUGGGAAAGGCUUUGCAGGGCGCUCACAGCUGAACAGACACCAGCGCACGCACACUGGGGAGCGGCCGCAUCGCUGUGCUGACUGCGGGAUGGGCUUUGCAGAGAGGUCAAACCUGAGAUCACACCAGCGCACGCACACCGGGGAGCGGCCGUACCGCUGUGCUGAUUGCGGGAAGGGCUUUGCACAAAGCUCACACCUGAGAACUCAUCAGCACACGCACACCGGGGAGCGUCCGCACCGCUGUGCUGACUGCAGCAAGGGCUUUGCAGAGAGGUCACACCUGAGAAUACACCAGCGCACACACACAGGGGAGCGGCCAUACCACUGCGCUGACUGCGGCAAGUGCUUUGCACAGAGCUCAAUCCUGAGAAGACACCGGCGCAUACACACGGGGGAGCGGCCAUAUCACUGUGCUGACUGUGGCAAGAGUUUUGCAGAGAGCUCAAACUUGAGAACACACCAACACACACACAGCGGGGAGCCGCCACACCGCUGUGAUGUUUGCAGCAAGAACUUCAGCAACACCAAUGCGCUGGCCAAGCACCAGCGCACACACACCGGGGAGAGGCCUUUCCAAUGCACUGACUGCGGCAAGAGCUUUGCAGAGAGCUCAAGCCUGAGACGACACCAGCGCACACACACCGGGGAGCGGCCAUACAGCUGUGCUGACUGUGGCAAGCGGUUUGGUAGAUUGGCCAACCUCACUCAGCACCAGGUCACUCACACCAACACCCCUCUGCCAUUGCCAGGGCCUGAGGGGCUUCUUGGAGCUAGUGGGCCUGACAAAGCACCAGCAGAUGCAGACCAGCGAGUGGUCCUGUCCCCCUGAUGACCAGCAGAG